UCCUAAGGCAUAAUCAUGACAUGUUUUCCUUGUGAUUCUUUGCACUUGGUACAGUGUUGGGUGAACGUCUAGGCAGAGCUUCAGGAAAUGAACUUGCUUGAUGGAGCACUUUAUAAAACUUGCUUCUUACAGUUCUUUUCUCCCUACUAAUCUCCUUUUGUUUUUAUUUCUUGGUAUUAUCUACUCCCUUGUCCAGAAUUACUUGUUGUAGAAAUGGAUGUAUCUAGACGUAUUUUUAGUUCUAGGUACAUACAUUUGUAUCCAUUUCUGCGACAAGUAAUCCGGGACGGACGGAGAGAGUAUUAUAUAUGGGGAACGUCGAGUUCUAGGUUGUAAAAAUAUUUGUAUUAACUUCCUGUAUGGUUUGACCCUGCUCUCUAUCAGUUUAAUUGGCUUUUGUUUCCACCACGGCGCAUCUUGUUCUGUGCAGCAUGGAGUGCAACCACAGAAGAUGACUAUAGGCCUUCACCAAAUAUAUCAAACCUACCUUUUCGUGUGCAACUAGUGCACAUGUAGGAUGUUGCCUUUGUGAUUCUUGGCACUUGUGCUAUCUGCAUAGUUUGAACUUUGAAGAGAUGGCUGCAUUUCUUUCUCAAGUUCUUCCUUGUUUGGACGCUCGAUUGGAAUUUUUUUAGGCAUUUUAGAGCCAGCCGUGUGAAUCCCCCGCAAAAAAGAAGAAGAUUGUAAAUAGUACUUCCUCCGUCCAAAAAAGCUUGUCCCAAGCUUGUUUUUUAAAUAGAUGUAUUUGAGGGACAAGUUUUUUCGGACCGAGGGAGUUGAUCUGGCGUAGGUCAUCGAUACUUUGACCGGCUGGCGUGGCGAGUUGACCUCUGCCACAUCGGAUGAUGAUAGUCACACGUAGGAUAACAUUUUUUUAACUUUUCCACGUAUAGCUGGCUGAAUCGAAUACUACUAGAUGCAACCACUUCGAUCGUCACUGUGAUCCCACCACCUACCUACCUACCUCCUGCUGCCACCUUCCUCCGCUCCGCUCCGCUCCGAUCCGAUCCCCAUGGAAGCCACCGCCGCCUGCUCGGCCUCCCUCGCCUCCUCGCCGCUCCCCCACCGCCGCAGCCGCGUGCGCGUGGUCGUCGCGGCGGCCCGACGGAAGGGGCCGUCGGGCGCGGUGGCCGCGGCGGCCUCCACGGGCAACUACGUGGUGCCGCUGGACGCCGCGCCGUCGGGGAUCACGCGGCCGCUCGUCGAGAUCCUGCGCGACCUCAACAAGCGCGUCCCGGAGACCAUCGUCCUCCCCGCCUCCCGCCGCGCCUCCGCCUCCGACCCCGUCAUCCCAUGGUACCAUGCCAACCGGAUGCUCAGCUUCUACGCCCCCGGCUGGUGUGGAGAGGUCCGUGAUGUUAUUUACAAUGACAAUGGAAAGGUGACCGUGGUGUAUCGUGUCACAAUACGAGGAAUAGAUGGAGAGGUUCAUCGGGAGGCUGCUGGAACAGCAUCACUGAGCGACGCACGGCUCGACGACCCCGUGGCGGCCGCGGAAGAGGCGGCGUUCUGCAAGGCCUGCGCGAGGUUCGGCUUCGGGCUGUACCUGUACCACGAAGACGAGGUGCUGUGAAGGACGUCAUCAUAUCUUGUCUCACCCUAUCCAUGUUCAGAAGGUCAGACGCCAAGCUUGGCAGAGCUUGUAUGUAGCGCUGCAAGAUAUCACCCCACAUGUACCAUUCACGAUGAGCUGUAAAUAUGAGGCGUAUCUUGUUUACAUUUGUGUUUGUUGGCACAUCAGUUGUUGUAAUCUCUGUGUGAUAAGAGUGUCACUCGUUUCCUAAAGUGAUAAUUUCAGUUGCAUUUGGUACAAAUACAGCAUGACCCAGUUCAGUUGUUAGGAUUGAAACCAUUACUUCCAUCAGAACAUUUGAACAACUUAUGUAAUGGAAACUCCUGAUCUUUGUGCUUGCUUA